AUGUCAUACACACGUAUUGAAGAUCUAUCCAAUGAAAUAUUUUAUGAAAUAUUCGAAUACAUCGAGUGUAAUUACUUAUAUCAAGCGUUUUCCAAUCUAAACGCUCGGUUUAAGAUGCUUCUCGACUAUCCAUUUCUCUCAUUACGAAUGAAUCUCAGCGCACAAUCUGAAUGUGAAAUUCAGAAAUAUCGCACACGAUUCAUCAUGCCGAAUAAGCAUCGCAUCGCAUCUCUUGAUCUCCACGGGUCAUCAUCACUUCCUAUUGAUUCCUCAUUCACUCGUCUACACUCGCUCAUUUGCAAUCAGGUUCCUCAUCAUCAGUUCGUCUCAAUUCUUCCAAUUUUAACUUAUUUACCUCGUCUUUCUUCGAUAAACGUUCAUUUUUCCAACGAGAUUGUAAAUCUCACUGAAAUCUAUCAGUCAUUGUUUCUUCUACCUUGUUUGACAAAACUGGAACUAUCGGCGAAAGGAUAUUCGUUAACAAUGACAUUGCUAAUGAAUCAAUCCGAACGGUACAGUACAAUUAAACAUUUAGUUAUGAAUCAUCCAUGCAAACUCGAAGAAUUAAUUAUCUUACUUUCCUAUGUGCCAUCGCUUCGACAUUUAACCUGCAUGGAAUUGUGUGAACACGAUCAAGUUAUUCCGCAGAUAAUGCCAUUGAAGUUAAUGAAUCUACGAAGUAUGACGAUUCAUACGUGUAAUGUCGAUUUUAAUCAAUUUGAAAUAUUUAUUCAACAUGUUUGUAAACAACUUCGAUAUUUAUGUAUGACGACAUCUCAUGAUAUUAGUUAUUUGGAUGCCAAUCGAUGGGAACGCUUAAUUUCUCAGUAUUUGUCAUCGUUACGUAUAUUGAAAUUUACGUACGAUGAAUACUUUUACCAAAAGAUCGAAUUAGCAUCGUAUCAUGAUCUACUCAAUCAAUUCACAACUCCAUUCUGGCUCAUUCAGGGCUGGCUCUUUUGUAUCAUCGUUGAUAUCGAUUAUUGGCCACCCAUCAAGAUAUCCUAUUCGAUUGAUCGCGACAAAAACCGUUCAGUGUACAGCGAUCCGACAGGUAUAAAUCUAACAAUCGAUCAUCUGUAUUUCGCUGCUUCUCGAGAGAAUCUGGUCGAUAAAAUCUUCUCUUUUAUUUGUAAAUUUUCGAUUACACAUUUACAUAUUGAUUGUCAGAAGUUAUUCUACCCAAAGUUCAUUCAACUUCUACAGAUGUUACCUAAUCUAAAAUCGUUGACAAUCACGUCGUUAUCGUAUUUCAAAUUGAAAAACAUCGAAUACGUUCAGUCGCAAUUGGACAACAAUCAAAUUGCGUCAGUUGAAAUACAAAGUUUCAUGGAAGAGAAUGAUCUAGAAAAAAUCCAAUUUUUUAUCAAUUUAUGUCCUUCUAUGGAGUUCUUGCAAGUGAAAUGCAAGAAUAUUUUCAAUAUUUCUUCGGUUUUACAAUGUAUCUUAUCGAAAAAUCUUGCAAAAUUCUCAUAUCUUUCUUUAUGGUUACCACUGACAAAUGACAAAAUGAUCAAAGAAUUACGAGAAAUCGUUAAUCAAGAGCAACUACUCGCGCAUGAAUAUAGAAUAACACGCACAAGUGAUAGAAUUUAUGUUCAAUUGAAAUUAUAG